AUGCGUUGGGCCCGGCUGCGGCUGCCGUUGGCGUCGAAGCUGCUGGCUGCGGCGGACAAGGCGCUGCUGGCGGCCAGGGCGCUGCAACUUUGGGAUGCGCCGGACUUUGUUCACGCGGAGGCCCGUCCGGAGUUCCGUACGGUCGCCUGCAUCUGCAAGCUACGGCCAGCGCUGGCCCAGAACGCGGCGUUCUUUGCUUGGCAGGCCCUGGAGUUGGGCGGCGCGCUGCGGUGCCUGCCAGGCGUGGGCGGCUUCCGUGCAGCGCUCUUCGCGGGCUGCUAUCCCUCAGGCCACGAGUCGGACGUGCUUCUGCGCGCCGAGCUGGGCCCGGCACCGGGGGAGUCUGCAGCCACGGCACGGGGCGCCAAGGAGGAGCUCUGUCGCGUGGCGGUGCGCUCAAGCUCCGCGCUGGUGAACCGGGCAGUGGCCCAGGCUAUGAGCCUGCUGCUGCGGAAUGGCCGCAUCCUGAGCUGCAAGUCUGGCCAGCUGGUAGAGAGGAGCUGGCUGCUUAUAGAGGAGGGGCGCAUCAAGGCCGGGGGCCAGGGCACGCCGCCGGAGGCGGCGGAGGUGUUGGACCUCGACGGCCGGGUGGUGCUGCCCGGCCUGGCCGACAGCCACAUUCAUGUCUACGCGCUGGGAAAAAAGCUUCUGGAAUCGGUGGACCUUUCGGAGUGCAAGAGCAUCCAGGAGAUGCAGGAGAGGGCGCGGCAGUUCCUCAGGGAGCGGCCGAACCUGAAGUACCUGGAAGGCCUUGGCUGGGACCAGGAAGCGAUGGGGCGGCUGCCCACGAGACACGACCUGGACGCUGCGGUGGGGGACCUGCCGGCCGCCUUCUUUCGGCGCUGCCACCACGCCUGCGUACUGAGCUCUGCGGCGCUGCGUGUGUGCGGCAUCACAGGGGCCACUUCGGACCCAGAGGGCGGCAAGAUCGAGCGGGAGGCUGGGGAGCCGACGGGGAUCUUGCGGGAGAGCGCGCUGGGAGAUCUGCUGGAGCCGCUGAAGACCGAGGAUUCCUUUGAGCAGCAGAAGGAAAUCCUGCUGAAAGGACUGCGGGCUUGUGUGGAGCAGGGCAUCACCUUUGUGCAGAGCAACGAUAGCAAGCUGCUGGGCGGCGUGGAGCGGCCCUUUGAGGCGUACGCGGCCCUCGCGGACGAAGGCCGCCUGUGCUGCCGGGUCUUCCUGACGGUGCAGUGGCAAGAUGUGGGGCAGCCUGGGGCGCCCAAGGCCCAGCAGGCGCACCCGUCGGGUCUGCUGAGCUGCGACCGCGCGAAGCUGUGGACGGACGGGGGCUUGGGCGCCUCCACGGCUGCGAUGCUGGAGCCCUAUGCGGACUCCGACAGCCGGGGGAUGAUGCAGAUGAGCUGCGAGGAGAUCGACCAGGCUUUGGAGCUGCUGAAGAAGCACCGCUUCCGGGUGGAGGCCCACGCCAUCGGGGACCGCUCCGCCACGCAUUUGGUGGAUGCCUUCGAGCGUCUGAUGCCUUCAGCGGAGAGGCCCGUGCUCACGCAUUGCCAGUUCUUGAACAAGAGCUUGGUCGACAGGAUGUCCAAAGCCGGCAUCAUCGCCAACGUGCAGCCCCAGUUUGUGCCGUCGGACCUGGCCAUCGUCAAGACCCGCGUGGGCGAGGACACGGAGCGCUUCCGGUACUCCUACGUGUGGCGGACCCUGAUGAAGGCUGGCGUGCACGUGUGUGGCGGCAGCGAUGCGCCGGUGGAGAGCCCAAGUCCGUUGAUCGGCAUGGCGGAUGCCAUGGACCACGCGCUGCACGCCUCGGAGCAGCUGACGCUGGCGGAGGCGCUGGGCAUCUACACCGAAGGGGCCGCCUUCGCCGCCCGCGCGGAGGACCGCAUUGGCGGCUUCGAGCCUGGCAUGGAGGCCGACUUCGUGGUGCUCUCUACGCGAGAGGAGUUGACCUCUCAUCAGCUCCGAACUGCGGAGGUGGAGUCAGUGUACUUGCGAGGGAAGCUGGUGCACCAGCCACUUCCACCGAGCUCCAAGAGGCCUCGCCUGGGAGCCGAAGGAGGCGCCGGGAAGAACGGCUCACGCCCCUGGCUCCGCGGGAGGUGCAAAUGCUGCAUGUGGUCAACCAACAGAGCAGUGGAGAGGUCGCCUACUUGA